AUGUCAUCGAGAAAGAAGGUCCUUCUCAAGGUCAUUAUCCUUGGCGAUAGCGGUGUCGGAAAGACGAGUCUGAUGAACCAAUAUGUCAACAAGAAGUUCAGUGCAAGCUACAAGGCCACCAUCGGCGCCGACUUCCUGACGCGCGAGGUUCUCGUCGACGACCGACAGGUGACGAUGCAGCUUUGGGAUACGGCAGGACAGGAGCGCUUCCAGUCUCUGGGCGUCGCUUUCUACCGUGGUGCCGACUGCUGCGUGCUCGUAUACGAUGUCAACAACUCCAAGAGUUUCGAUGCUCUGGACAGCUGGAGGGACGAGUUCUUGAUCCAGGCUUCGCCACGGGACCCGGACAACUUCCCCUUCGUCGUUCUUGGAAACAAGAUUGAUGUUGAGGAGAGCAAGAGAGUUAUUUCAACCAAGCGCGCCAUGACCUUUUGCCAGUCCAAGGGCGGUAUUCCCUACUUCGAGACCAGUGCAAAGGAGGCAAUCAACGUUGAACAGGCAUUCGAAGUUAUCGCGCGGAACGCUCUGGCCCAGGAAGAGUCCGAGGAGUUCAGUGGUGAUUAUCAGGACGUCAUCAACAUCCCCAUCGAAAACCCCCGAGACGGAUGUUCUUGCUAA